GGGGUGGUUUGGUAGAGAUGAAAUGAUGCUCUUGGGAUGAGAGUGGGCGGUGUUUCUGUGUGGCGGGGAUGGUAUAAACCCUAAUUGGUGUUCGAAGUGUGGAUCUUGAUUGAUUUGGGCUGGAGGGUAAGAUCUGGGUUGGAGUUUCUCGAUGACCGAAAAAAGUAGUUGAGGUGGUUCGAGUUCGUGGGGUUAGCAGAUCUGCGAUUCAACGUUCAGAGAUGUCACGAGAAUCUGGCUGAGUUUCAUUGGAGGAUGAUUUUCGAAGCUUUUCUUGCGUUUCAUUGGAGGAUGAUUUCGAAGCUUUUCUUGUUUUUGUCUGGAAGAGAGAGAGAGAGAGAGAGAGAGAGAGAGAGAGAGUGACAGAAGAGAGUGAGCACACGCAGGCAAUUGUAUGAGGGCCAUGCCUUUGCGGGUGCGUGCUCACUUCUCUUCUGUCAGUCUCCACUUGCAUCCUUUUUGCACUUUCCAAGUUGUUUCCUCUCUCUCUCUCUCUCUCCCAUUAAGAAAAGUAUGAUAUUUGCUGCGAAUUCUUGACGCAUAAUUUUAUGUGUUCCCAAAGGAGGGCUGUGCUGAUUUCUCCACCUGGGUGGCUUCUCGGUCUUUCUGAAUCAGAACCCUACGAAAUUUACUUUCAUACCUGGCCAGGUGUCCAUCUUGUAUCGACAUGUCUCUUGCUCUCUGAAUUCUGGAAAAGAAAGGAAAGCAAGUAAGCUUUGUGAAGGGCGAUCAGUAGCUGUAAAAGUGGGCUGUGUGCGUGCGUGUGUCUGUGUCUGUGUUUGAGAGAGAGAGAGAGAAAGAGAGUGAGAGCGAUGAACUCAAAUCUUUCCCUCAUCCAUUUGAUCUUUUGCAGCUUCUUUUGCCUCUAUUAUCGCUGUCUGUAGGUUCAAGAUCAAGGGAAAUCAAGCGGCCUCAUCAACCGAUUUGCUUGGUCAUUGUUUGUAUGCUUCUUCUUUUUACUUGUUUUAUUAAUCGUCAAAUUAUAACUUUCCGUCGUUUAUUUAACCAAGAAGUGUAUAGUUAACAUUUUUAAAAAAGAAAAAUUGGGCAAUUGGAGCUUUGGUUUAGAAGCGUGACUUUUCAUGGUUAUUUGCCUCGUUUCACUAUUCAUGUUUAACGGAAAAACUGCAAAUAUUUUAUGCUUAUUACAUAGCCAACACCCACUCUCUCUCCCUCCCUCUCCCUCUCUCUCAUGUUUUCUCUCCAAUGCAAUUCAAUUUACCCACAGGGAAACAUGUGGAGGUAAGUAUACACAAAUCUCUGGCGCGUUUUCGUCAUAAUCUGGCUCUGAUGGGUGGGUUCUUGAAUUUUCCAUGUAUAAAACCCUAUUUUGGGUUCAAGAAAAUCAAACCCAGAGAAGUUAUAUUUCGUUUCUCUCUCUCUCUACUCUCCCGUCUGUUAAAUCUCAUCAGCAUUAUUUUCCAUGUGAUUUUUUUCCCUCUCUAGUGCCUACAGCUUUUGAAAUUUGUAGCAGAAAGGGAGGACCUUCUGAAUAUUUUGUUUCAGUACGAAUUGGUGCUAAAUAUGGCAAGAUCCAUCUCUUUCCACUUUUGGGUCGAUGUACACUGUGUUAUUGCCAUGAGUGAAGAGAAGAUUUCAUGGGUCCUCUGGGCUUUGCUUUCUCCUGGGGGAGCACCGGAAUUUAAUUGCUUCUAUAUUCGGCCGCGCGGCGGAGAAGGAUGGCCAUGGAGGAGGAAACGUUGAGCGUGAUCUCGAACGGUGAUAGAAACAUCUUAGUUGAAGGGUCGGAUUCAAAUGACAGCACCUUGCCAUCACGCUUGAGCAAUAAGCGUGCUCGGCAGAGUCCUAAUGGUGCGACCUCGAAAUUCAAAGGAGUUGUCCAGCAACAGAAUGGACACUGGGGAGCACAAAUAUAUGCCAAUCACCAGAGAAUUUGGCUUGGGACCUUCAAGUCUGAUGAGGAAGCAGCGAUGGCCUACGACAGCGCCGCCAUAAAGCUCCGGAGCGGGGAUCCUCACCGCAAUUUCCCGUGGUCAAAGCUCUCGGUCGAGGAGCUCAACUUCCAGAGCUGCCACUCCACCGAGGCCGUGCUCACCAUGAUCAAGGAUGGCACCUACCAAUCCAAGUUCGCCGACUUUGUGAGGGCUCGGACCAACGGGCCCCACCAGGAGGCGGGCCUCGACCUAGUCCUGGCCCACCCCAACGGGGGGCUCACGUGCAGGCAGCUCUUCCAGAAGGAGCUGACACCAAGUGAUGUAGGGAAGCUGAACCGGCUUGUCAUCCCGAAGAAGUUUGCCAUCAAGUACCUCCCCCGCAUCUCGGGGGGAUCGGAGGCCGGGAAGGGCGAAGCGCCGCUGCAGCUCCGUACCCUGGGCCUGGAUGACGUGCAGCUGGUGUUCUAUGACCGGUCGAUGCGGUUGUGGAAGUUCCGGUACUGCUACUGGAGCAGCAGCCACAGCUUCGUGUUCACAAGGGGUUGGAACCGGUUCGUGAAGGAGAAGGAGCUGAGGGCGAAUGACACUGUCGCCUUCUACAUGUGCGAGUACCGAGAACCACGGAAGGAAGGGAGGACGUUCUGCAUGAUCGACGUGCACCGGAGGGACACGAACGACGGCGGGCUGGGUGAGAAGGCCAAGGGAAGCAUCGAGAUCAUGCCGGUGGAGGGUGAGGAGGAGGAUGAGAAUAAGAUGAUCAAGAAGGGCCUCAAAAUCUUUGGUGUUGAAAUCAGUUAAUGUGAACACCCCUGGCUUAAACAUGUUUUGACUCUGGGGUUUUAGCCAACAGUGAGUCUUUUAAUUACUUUCUUUUCAUUUAUGUGCUUCAUGUUUGUUCUAAGUUUAAUAUGGAAGAUGUGGGAGUUGAUGCUUCCUAAGUUGCUUAAGUCGCAAACAAUGUGCUUAUGAAAAUGCAAAGAGUUUGUUUCGGUUAA